AUGACAUCGUGUACUCAGGGUGCUGUGACAUGUACUCAAGGAGAUAUGACAUCAUGUACUCAAGGGGCUGUGACAUUGUGUACUCAUGGAGCUGUGACAUCAUAUACUGAGAGAGCUGUGACAUCACAUGCUCAAGGAGCUGUGACAUCACAUAUUCAUGAAGUUGGGACAUCACAUAACCAGGGGGCUGGGACAUCACAUACUGAGGGAGCUGUGCUAUCACAUACUGAGGUAAGCUGUGACAUCACAUACGAGAUAACUGUGACAUCACCAACUCAUGGAUCUGUGACAUUACUUACUCAGGGUUAUGUGACGUCAUGUACUCAGGAAGCUGUGAGAUUAUGUACUAAGGGAGAUGUGACAUCACGCACUCAGGAAGCUUUGAUAUCACAUACUCAGGGGGCUGUGACAUUACACAUUAUGGGAGAUGUGACAUCACUUAUUCAGGGAGCUGUGACAUCACAUACUCUGGGAGCUGUGACAUCACACAUACUUAG